AUGGCGACUGCUAAUCUAGGCCAUAUACCUGAUGACUUUUCUGCGACGUAUUUACCGUACAAACUAACUCUAAGACAAGCACAGAGAGCAACAGCAUUUGUGAAUGGUAGCUAUGUUACUAUUGAAGUAGGUAGAAGUGCAAAGGGAGAAGCUCUGUUGGAUUUUAGCAAUGCUAAAUACAAGACAGGAUUCCGGAAACUUCUUAAACAAAGUAAAGCAGCAAAGAAGGCUGCCGUAGCUGUAGUUGAUGGGAUUGUCCGAGAGGAAAUUCAAAAGUAUCUUAAGAACAAGACAAAGUCAUUCAUUGGAUGGUUUGCAGCUGAAACUAAAAAGCACUAUGAAAAAUUUGCUGUGAAGAAAGUUGGCCAAAAGCUUGUCUCCCUGGAUCCCAUAAUUGGUACCUUGUUUAGCAUCAUUGGACAUACAAGAUCACCCACCAAGGAAAAGGUUAUACAGUAUUUCAAUUCAGUGAUGCUCUGGUUAGGUGGUGCCAAGAGGAAGGUUUUUGAUGCUUUCAGUCAUAUUGGAUGGUGCAAGGGCAUUAAUGGGACAAGAAAUCGUAUAGAUACAUUUAGACAGGAGUAUGACCAGAAAGUUAUUCAGUGGAGGGAAAGUGUUUCAGCAUGUCUUGCAGGCCUUAACCCUGUAGCAGAUAACCCUGAUGUGUCUAUGGAACUUGACAAUUUGGACGAUGUCUGGGAAGAUGAUGAUUGUACUGGAACAGACACAGAUGACGAUGUCAGUGUUCAAAGUGACAGUUCACAAUAUACAUCAACAAAAGCAUCUACAGAGGAAGAAGACAUUGAAGAGAAGCAGACAGAAUUCUCAGAUGAUGCAGCAUCAACCGCUUCCAUUGAUUGUUUGUAUGAUAGUCAAACAAUUCCGAUAUAUGACACGACCCAAUACUCCACUUUUGACAUAACAUUUGAUAAUGUGAAUCAAAAAAUUGGCGUUCGACAUCACACUCGAGGAAAGCGGAAUACUGUAUUAAACAUGGUGCAGGCAUAUGCCACAAAAGAUAGAGUAAGUGGUAGAGGACUAGAUUUUGAUCUUCCAUCAGCAGAUGCCAUAAGAAACAUAUCUAUAGAAGCUUAUGUACCAACGGAAAUGGAUGAUGAAAUGCUAAAGGAGGAGCUCAGCAUUAUGGUUGCCAGAAUUCUAUGUCAAAACAUUGUCCCAUUUUCGGAUCUUGAUGUUGAUCUAGACAUUCCUCACGAAUACAUGAAUGAGUCAAAAGAAAAAAGUGAAAUUGUUCCCUCAGGCAUACUUCAUAAAGAUGAGACGAAAACAGGGGAAAUGAUUGAGAUAUUGGAUCACUAUAGUCAGUAUUUGUCUAAAGAUGCAAAUGGAGAUCCCGUGCCAAUGCUUCUUUACUGAGAGAGUGUACGGUGCAUAGCGAGCAAGAAUUAAUGCUUCUGAUAAAUGGUCACAGCUAGGUUCAUUUGAGCCCAGCAUACAGGAAUGGCAUAGACGUCUAAUGUAUGUUCAGGACACAUUUGAUGACCUGUUUAAGUUCGACAGUCACAGGGAAAAGGGAACACUCUAUAACUUGAAACAAAUAUUUGAUUAUACCAGUGUUUCCAAAAAUGUCAUGGACUGCUUCAAUAAAGCAGAGUCAUUGCUUGAAUUUGCCACAGAUGGUUAUGUUCUGACAGCAGCUAUGCAUUUCAUGCAGACAAAAGAUAUAGAGGAACUGCCAGUAGAUUUUCCUAUCACCCCUCAAGAUCAGGUUGAUUAUAUAUUGAAUAUUUCAGAUAAAAUUGUU